AUGGGGAUAUGCAUCUCAACUUUCGCCGAAAAUCCCGAAACCAUCGGCGAAGAACACCUCAGACCCCUCCUCGACCAUGCCCAAGAAGUUAUCCCCGAUGAAGAAAUAUCAGAUACGCCAGUCUUCCUCCUAGCAACCGCUGGCAUGCGGCUACUUCCAAAACAGAAACAAAGGGCCAUUCUCGAUAACAUAUGCGCCUAUAUUCGCAGAAGUACCAAUUUCCUGAUCCCGGAUUGCCGACAGCAUGUGCAAGUAAUUGAGGGAGACACGGAGGGACUCUAUGGAUGGAUUGCGAUUAACUAUCUAAUGGGCGGCUUUGACAAUAGCAGGGCUCACAAUCAUGGUAAGGGCCAUCAUACGUACGGGUUUCUGGACAUGGGUGGAGCCUCGGCGCAGAUCGCAUUCGCUCCAAAUGCGACGGAGACAGAGAAACAUGCGAAUGAUUUAACCCUCUUGCGCCUGCGGACCCUCAAUGGCUUGCCUAUGGAAUAUGGGGUGUUUGUCACAUCAUGGUUAGGCUUUGGUGCACGCGAAGCCAGGAGUCGAUAUGUGAAAGCGCUGUUGGAAGCUACUGCCAACGAGAAGAACAGAGCGCGCCCGGAUCCUUGUCUACAUUCCGGUCUACGGAUGGCCCAUGACGGAACCAUUCUACCCCCCGCAGGCCCCGUGCCCGGCGUGGAACCUUACCUUGUUGGAAUUGGCAAAUUCGAAGAGUGCUAUCGCAACACAUACCCUUUACUGGAGAAGGAUGCGCCAUGCCCUGAAGAGCCGUGCCUUUUACACGGUGUGCACGUACCCGCAAUUGACUUUGACGUCAACCAUUUCAUAGGUAUAUUCGAUAUGGGCCAUCAGGAUGGAACCUACGAUUUCAACACGUACAUAAAGCGCGUGGAAGAGUUCUGCUCACAGCCUUGGGGUGUUGUUGAGCAAAAGGUCGAUAGCAAGCAGUGGGGGAACAAGGUUGAUCAAGAAACGGCAUGUGCAGUAUGUUUCAAGGCUUCAUGGCUCAUAAGCAUUCUACACGAUGGGAUCGGUAUUCCACGCGUUAGCAUUGGAAAUACCCCCCCUGGAGAACAGAAUGGAACAGAUAGGGAGUUGACGCAGUCGAAGGAAAAGGGCUACCUAGACGCUUUCCAAGCCGUGCACAAGAUCGACUCGACGGAAGUGAGCUGGACGCUGGGAAUAGCCGUGUUAUACGCCUCAUCGCAGGUGCCACCACUCCCCAACGGUCUCCCUGUAGGCUUCGGUAGUAACCCCCCGGUCGGCAGUAAAAACCGCAUCCCUGAAGAUUUCCAACAACCAGGCGCUCCAUAUCUUAUUCCUACGCCGCCGGCGCCAUCCCAAUCUUCAAAUACACAAAAUAAUGGGACGGCCGCGCAUCCGCAUGCCUCUGGAAUCGUAUCCUCGCAUUGGCAUGACACUCUCUUCAACGGCCACUCCUCGCAUCGUAUUCCAGGUCUCUUCCUCUUAAUAAUUGUCUUUAUAGCAAUCUUCUUCCUCUGUGGCCGUGGAGGCCGCGUCCGACUGUACCGAAGACUUAUCAAACGAUCAAGCCACAGUCCUUAUUACAACCACAAUCACAAUUAUUACCGACGACGCGGUGGCGGGGCCACCUUUUCGUCGAAACUCUUCAACCACAUGCUCCCCCGCAUCUUCUCAUCCACUUCUUUAAAACGAACUAGUUCUUUCACUGCCUCCUAUGACAGCCUUCUCGAAACCGGUGGGCGCGAUUUCGAACCAAGCCCCAGCUCCUCUCCAACAGACGAUGAGGCCAUGUCCAUAUCCUUGUCCAUGUCCAUACCCCCCACACUCCCGAACACCCCCUUCACUCCCGCCUUCACAAACACAUACAGCGACGAUAAUAAUACAAACAACAUCCUCGUCCGGACGAAAUCGACCAAUAGCAUGUAUCACCACAAUCAUCAUCACAACAAUCACAACGACAAUAACAAUCCCUGUAGUACCAGCGGCAUAGGUAUCGGCCUCAGCAAUCCCCCCGGCCUCGAUACCACCGCCAUAAUUAGCUCGCUGGGCAACAUGGAUCGUCGUGGGCUAGCGGUGCGGACGGAGAGUCGGGAUCGCCUCGCUGCUUCCACACUGGGCCAGACGAAUAAUGGUCGUCGGUCGAGGGCGGCUAGCCCUGUGAGACAUCAUUAA